AAUGUCGUUAUUACAGAUCUACCCAUGACGGGCAUCUUCAAAUAAGUUGAAGGGUUUCUCGGCGAGGAGGGUUUUGCACGGAGAUGGAGAGGAAGCAAGGGUUCUUAUCGGCGCUACGGGAGCUAUCGCCGGGGAGGUCGAGGUCAUAUGGUCUGGCGAUUGGCGGGGUGAUCAUGCCUCGCCGGAAGAACUGGCUGGAGCCGCCGCCGGUGGUGAGAUCCGGUGGGGAAGCGUUGGCGCCGCUUAUGGAGGGGCCGGAUCCCGGCGAUGGAGGUGGCGGAGGCUGUGGAGAGGGGAGGAGGGACGGUUGGGGGCAGUGGAUGCGGACGCAGCUCUCCAAGGCGCCGGUGGCCAGCGGUGGCCACCGGCGGUCGGACCUUAGACUGCUGCUUGGAGUCAUGGGUGCUCCCCUUGCCCCCGUUCACGUCUGCUUCGGUGAACCUCUUCCGCAUUUAAGCAUCAAGGAUACUCCUAUUGAAACUUCUUCUGCACAAUAUAUACUACAACAGUACACUGCAGCAUCUGGAGGAAUUAAGCUUUUGAGCUCUAUUCAUAAUUCUUAUGUCAUGGGGAAGAUGAAGAUGGUGGCAUCUGAAUUUGAGACAUCGACAAGGGUGAUGAAGAAUCGAAAUGCUUCAAGAGAUGCAGAAUCUGGUGGUUUUGUGCUUUGGCUAAUGGCUCCUGAGAUGUGGUAUGUUGAGCUUGCAGUUGGAACCAGUAAGAUCCAUGCAGGAUGCAACGGCAAGAUAGUUUGGAGGCACACUCCCUGGCUCGGUGCUCAUGCUGCCAAGGGUCCUGUUCGUCCUCUCCGUCGAGUUCUUCAGGGUCUUGAUCCAUUGACCACAGCUAGUAUGUUUGCUAAUGCACAAUGUAUUGGAGAGAAGACAAUAAGUGGAGAGGAUUGCUUCAUACUUAAGCUAUUUGCUGAUCCACAGACACUGAAGGCAAGGAGUGAGGGGCCUUCAGAGAUUAUAAGGCAUGUUAUGUUUGGAUAUUUCAGUCAGAAAACUGGGCUUCUGAUACACAUGGAGGAUUCACAUCUAACUCGAAUCCAGUCAAGUUCUGGUGGCGAGGCAGUGUAUUGGGAGACUACCAUUAGUUCAUUCCUGGACGAUUAUCGUGCAGUUGAGGGCGUUAUGAUCGCUCAUUGUGGUCGAUCAAUUGUCACUCUUUUCAGGUUUGGAGAGAUGGCGAUGAGUCACACGAAGACGAGGAUGGAAGAAGAAUGGACGAUCGAGGAAGUGGCUUUCAAUGUUCCCGGUCUUUCCAUCGAUUGCUUCAUUCCGCCCGCGGAUUUGAAGUGCAAUUCGGUUAGUGAAACCUGCGAGCUAUCGCAGAGGGAGCGGGGUAAGAGUUCUGUGCUUAGUUUUAAUCGAUCUAAGGUUGCAGCUGUAGAGAAGAAACAACAACAUAACAUCACUGAUACUGUCCUGGGUAUAAUGUAGGACAUGAAUUCAUUAAAUUGUUUAUAUUCCUAUUUUCCUAUAUCACUAACUAUCAUGACAGAUUAGGGUUCUAGAAUCUCAAAACUGAGUCCAGUUGGUUUGGAAUUUUUCUUUGUGGUCUGUAAAUAGGAGCAUUGAGUAUUCUCAGUGCUGUCUACUUGUUCAUGGGAGGAUUAGUUUUCAGUUUUCACCUCACUUCAAUGGGAUGAAGGGGGGAGUUUGAUCCAUUAUGAUUGGCCUAUCAAUUUGUUUUUGUUAUUUUGAUUUUAUUUUAUCUCUUUUUUGUAAUAUUUAAUUGUUGAUAGUUUUGGAUUCAAAGGCUGAGGUUCAGGAUUUGCCAGGUUUUCUCUCAUCAACAAGCCAUUGGCUUUUUCUGAUCUGGUUUUGGGGCUUUGGACUAAAUGUCUACUCUGCAAAAAUUCUUGUAAUAGAAACUCAUCUUUUCAUGAGAUAUUACUGAUUUGUCUACAAAUGUUUGCCUUUCAA